AUUGCGCUGUGGAGAGAAGGACAGCAGCGGCAGCGCAGCAAGGGGAACAGCAGUGCGCUGGUGAAAAAAAUAAGACAGAAACGCAAAUUUAACAAUGCAAACGACGAAUGAACGCAUUGCAGUUCAUCAGUAACGAAACUAGUGCUUUUACAUUGACGUCAAUGACGUAGAAUCGUUUAAACGAGUGAUUUAAAGGUUAGCAGCUGGCUAAAGCGAGACAGGGCUGUGUCAUUGAGAAAGCAGGACACGUCAAGACGAGGAAAGAGAGAAAGAAGCAGACACUCGUGUCGGAUCCCCAGUUUAAAACACCAGAUCAUCAGUUUAUUGCAGCCUUUGCGUUAGUAUUGCGUGUCGAUAAUAACCGGAACGAGUGUCUGUCCUCAGUCAUCGCCUGGACCAGCCGCUAAGGACAUAGGAAAAAUAACAGGGUCGGAGCCAGGUUAAACUGGAGAACAUAAAUGGGGGAUUACGGGUUUGGAGUCUUAGUGCAAAACAACACUGGCAACAAGUCUGCUUUCCCAGUACGAAUUCACCCACACCUGCAACCGCCGCACCACCACCAGAAUGCCACCCCCAGCCCUGCAGCUUUCAUGAACAGCACCCCGGCCGGGAAUGGUAGCAGUAGCGGCUCGACCUGGCUGUUCCCGGCAGCCACUGCUCACAGCAACAUGCAAGAUGAGAUUCUGGGCUCAGAGAAACCCAAAGCCCAGCAACAGGAGCUACAAGAGACCCAAGACAAGCAGCAGCUCUCGCCUGGCCAUCAGGAGAGCGUCAUUAUCUCUGAGCUCGAAAAGGCUCGCUCGGAAGAGAGCAAAGGUGAGAACGGGUCAUCCGAGGGGACCAAUGGCAAGGAGAAGCUGCGUUUGGAGUCACCCGUGCUGACGCCCUUUGACUAUCAGGAGCCCUCAGGCCUGGGCACGGCCCCCCAGUCCAGCAGCUCCUCCCUGACCAGUUUCAACAACUGGUCGGCCGCUAUCCCCGCCACCGCUUCCACCAUUAUAAACGACGACAUGGGCUUCUUCAACCCCGCCGCUUCGGCCAACAACGGCCCUUUGCUGUUUCAGAAUUUCUCCCACCACGUCAGCCCGGGCUUCGGUGGUAACUUCUCCCCGCAGAUCGGUCCGAUCUCGCAGCAUCACCCGCCUCAUCCCCACUUUCAGCACCCUCACAGUCAGCACCAGCAGCAUCGUCGUUCUCCUGCCAGCCCCCACCCACCGCCUUUCCCUCACCGCAGCGCCCCCUUUGGUCAGCUGCCGCAUCUCUCCAACAACCUGAGCAAGCCUCCCUCACCUUGGGGUAGCUAUCAGAGCCCCUCGCCCUCUCCCUCAUCCACAUCCUGGAGCCCAGGUGGGGGUUACGGUGGUUGGGGUGGCUCCCAGGGACGCGAGUACCGCAGAGGCCUGAAUGGUGGCUUGACGCCUCUCAACUCCAUCUCACCUCUGAAGAAGACUUUCCCCAACAACCACAUGCCCCAGCAGAAGUACUCCCGCACCAGCCCCGGCUUCAACCCAAAGUCCUGGAUGGAUGAGAGCAGAAGCGAGAACAUAUUCCCUUUCCAGGAUCGUCCCCGAUCAUUCGAUGGCUUCAACAUGCAUUCUCUGGAGAACUCUCUGAUUGACAUCAUGAGGGCUGAGCAAGACACACUAAAAGGUCGCCUCGGAUUCACCCAUCCAGGAGGAGACAGCCCCUUGCCCAUAAACGCAAGGAAUUAUGGGAGGCGACGAGGACACUCAUCUCUGUUCCCGAUGGAAGAUGGCUUCCCAGACGAGGAGAGAUCCGAUCCGAGCCUGCCAGGCCUCGGUUCUCCACACUGCUUCCCUCAUCAGAACGGAGAGAGGGUGGAGCGCUAUUCUCGCAAGGUCUUUGUGGGCGGCCUCCCCCCUGACAUUGAUGAAGAUGAGAUAACAGCUAGUUUUCGCCGCUUUGGGCAUCUGUUUGUGGACUGGCCUCACAAAGCAGAAAGCAAGUCAUAUUUCCCACCAAAAGGUUACGCGUUCCUCUUGUUUCAAGAUGAGAGUUCUGUUCAGGCUCUUAUUGACGCCUGCAUCGAGGAAGACGGAAAGCUCUACUUAUGCGUAUCCAGCCCUACUAUUAAAGACAAACCUGUCCAAAUUCGCCCGUGGAAUCUUAAUGAUAGUGAUUUUGUGAUGGAUGGCUCACAGCCCCUGGACCCAAGGAAGACCAUAUUUGUGGGUGGAGUGCCGCGCCCGCUUCGUGCAGUGGAGCUGGCGAUGAUCAUGGACAGGCUGUAUGGCGGCGUGUGCUACGCAGGCAUUGACACAGACCCAGAGCUGAAGUACCCUAAGGGUGCAGGGCGGGUCGCCUUCUCUAAUCAGCAGAGCUACAUUGCUGCUAUCAGUGCUCGUUUUGUACAACUGCAGCAUGGAGAAAUCGAUAAACGGGUGGAAGUGAAGCCAUACGUCCUGGAUGACCAGCUGUGCGAUGAAUGUCAGGGGACUCGCUGCGGAGGCAAGUUCGCUCCUUUCUUCUGCGCUAACGUGACCUGUCUCCAGUAUUACUGUGAAUACUGCUGGGCGGCCAUCCACUCGCGCGCCGGCCGGGAGUUCCACAAGCCCCUGGUGAAAGAGGGCGGCGACAGACCUCGCCACAUCUCCUUCCGCUGGAACUAAACCUGGUGGGUCAGGAGAUACAGAGAGAGAAAGAGGAGGAGAGUAGGUUUAGGAGGAGUCGCAAAAUCAUCAUCUGAAUAAAUGCACUUUUCUGUUGCUGGUUCCUUUUUAGUUUGAUUUAAAAAAAAAAAGACAGAGACAAACGAAAAAUCUACAAUUUUAAUUUGUCAUUUAAUAUAUUUAAAAAAAAUGGAUGUGUGUAUCCAAAAAAAGUUUCAGGAAAAGAAAAUGUCUAAUCCAUCUCUCUAUUUUUUUAUAACUCAUUUCAUUUUCAAGUGCACAGAGAUGUGAAUAUAUUGAGUAUUAGUAUAAUUUGUCAGUAAGUAUCUGCAUGACGUUAGAAUUGGCUUUUUUUCUUCACAUUGCAAUUGUUAGUAUUACGUCCUAUUUUAAUUUAAUCGAAAAGGCGAAGGAGCAGAUAGGAAGAGAAAAGGUGUGAGAAGAGUGCACUUAUUUCUUUGCUUCCCAGAGUGCAGAUGUGUUGUCUAAGAUCUAAGUUGUUAACCAAAGCUUGGGAUUUAAAGAAGCGAAUUCUCUCGACUCUUUGUAUCAUUACUUCUAUAAGACCAUGCUAAUCUUUAACGUUUCCUGACGACGACAACGGCUGUCUGGAUUCGAUCUCUAUUUUGACAUGCAAGAAAACUAAUACCUCAAGCUUAGCUGCUAGUUUAAGUCAAAUAUUUAAUAGAAAACAAACAAGCUGGUCUCCUCCUUACCCCCAGGACCACAGAAAAGGAAAAUGACAUCAGCAAAUGGCACAUUGAGAAAAUCUGCUCUGUCACUUCCUAGUUUGAUAUUUAGAUUCCGACGGCGGUUGUGAAACUGCAUCCCGGUGUGGAGUGUGUGUGUGUAUGUGUGUUGUUAAAGUUGCAGUAGUCUGCCUGCAAGCUGGUUCGAACGUAAGGGACUUAAUUUCUGGUCCGGUUUUAAGAUAGGACCACCCGUUGUUCUCUCAGGCUGUAAGCAGCAAGCCUCUGUUUUCGUUUGUCUGUCUUUCUCGCAAUAUGUGUCUCGUAAGCCUUUACCCAGAAACCCCAGAACCCAAAGUGAGGUACACGUAAGCAAACAGCGAAUGCUACUUUUAAAAAAAAAAAAAAGAAACGAUCGAACAAUAUACCUCCUGUCCUCCAGCACCCGUGCUCACUCAGCCUGAGUGUCGAGCAUAUCUGAAGGUAGUCAAUGCAUCUCUCCGCUCGUUGGCCCCCUUGCCCCCCAACUCUCACCUGCCGAAGUUUGACUUUUAGACAUUAGGGAACCAAAGAUGGUUGUGUAGUAGCUAGCGGAACCUCGGACAUUGCCUUUCUUGCUUUCUUUCUCCUUCAGAAGUGAUAACGUCAACCCUCGUCCCAUCCGAUCUAAAGACCAGACGGGCUCCAGAAACCAAAGAUUGGCCUUGAAUUGAUCAGCAUGCAGUUAAAAUCAUAGCAACACUAGUGAAAAACCAAUGCGCGUCGGCCUUUUCGCGAGUCUAGGCGCUUUUCCAAAGGUUUAAACGAAGGAGACGUGUGUGGUGUGUAGUUCACUGGUCGGUCGGGUAUUGUUAAGGAGUUUACGCCAGGCGUCAGGUUUCAGACGUGAAACGUAAAGUCGCAUCCAAUUUGGUAGAGAUUUACAGCUACUAGAGUAAAAGUCAGGGAGUUAGUGAUCAAUAACGACUUGAUACACUAGUGAGAAAUUGAUCCUUGUGUUGGCACGAUGGCGUUUUGAUACGACGCCGCCCGUUCAGCACUAUCACUUGAGCUUGUUGGUGUGGUGGUUGAACAUUUUCGAAGUUAAACACUUUUUUGAAGAAUUUGCUGUUAAUGAGAUGGCAAAAAAAAAAGAUUAUUUUAUACAUGGCCUGCUGAUUUUUUGGUACAGUGUUUUCUAGCUAAAUUAUUUUGUCAUGCACAUAUAAACGACAUUUAUUAUGCACUACUUUUCUAAAUACUUUUGUUUUUCGACAGUCAUUUUAGGCACAUUUUUCACAAAUGGAAAACUCCUUUUUGCAAUACCUCAAUUUUUCACAUUGUGAAAGGUAGCUUUUGUACUUUUGUUACUGAGAGAUCUGCAUAUAUGGAAAUUUUCAUUUUAAGAGAAGAAAAAAAACACGGAGUGAAUUUAAUAUAUAUUAUUUUCAAUUAUGCUUUUUAUACAUUUCAGUGCUGAGGAAUCUUUACAACAAAGCACGCACUUGUGUUGAUGCGACAAAUCUUGCAGAGGAGAGAGAGAGAGAGAGAGAGAGAGCGUAGUGUACCGCUUAAGGUCUUGGCUCUCGUACACUAGAUGGCAAAAAUGAUUUUAAACUCGUUCGACAGCAGCAUGGUAAGAACACGUUGUCGUUCAUGUUAAUAUUGCGGAAACGGCUAACCUACUUGGAUGUCUUUCUGGUUUCCUCUCCAUAGCUGGAAUAUAAACUAUAAUCUAAGGAGAAUGCUAAAUCUGGUUCAUGUUUAGGCUGAUCCUCGUAUCACAAGAAUGGAUGUUUGAUGUUUAGAUAUUUUACCAUUUGAAAAUCUCUAUAUAUUCUUGAACUGCCAACUAGUUCCUAUUGUAAUCCUUAGCAUGCAUGAUGAGAAAAAAGACGUACACGAAUUAGCUAUUGAAAUAAUUACUUGUUGUGGUUGUGCACCAGAUGUUUCUCUAAACAUUUAAUUUGUUAAGGCCGCCCGACGCCCUGCACCCUUCCCAUGUUAUUCUCGACGCCUUCCCCGUAAUCCGACGUAUCCCAUAUAUAGGAUGCGCAUAGAGAAACGCGUCGAAUCCUAAAAAAAGCGAAAACCCGAACGAAUGAAUUUGCAGUGCAGGACGAAAGCAUCUUCUAUCUAAGUACGCUGUUUGGAAAGACUUGAGAAUUUCAUCCCCACUGUCUGUUUUUGAAGUAAAUCAGUAAACCCGUUUGGAGAAAGGGGAACUUAAGACUUGAAUGUGGUAAAUGUUGCAAGUUAACUUCGAGUUGUUAUGUGCAAUACUUUUUUUGAACUUUUUCCAGAUAUAAGAAGACUCUUUGCAAUGUAAUUCUUUAAUGCCAUUUUUAAUUGCCGACAUUUAAAGAUGUUAAUAUGUUUUUCACAGUCAUUUUCUACUGUUAUUGUAAUCCUUUUCAUGCUGGUGUUUGUAAAAAAGAAAAGAGAAAUCAAACUAUUUGUACUAAUAUAAAAUAAUUGAAGUUAUUUUUAAAACAUUAAAGGUUUUGUGCUCAUUUGCUUAUUUUGUUUAUUUCAAGCUACUGUGAUCGAUCGCAUUGUAAUUAUUAGGUCAAUAAUGUAUUUAGCUGUUUAUUGGUAUAUUUUUAAUUGGAAUGUAUAAUUAAUUUUUAUAAUUUUGAUCAGAUUUUUGUUAUAUUUUUGAGGUGAAGCUUUUAAUAUGUUAAAGUGUCUAGUUUUUACUAAUUGCUAUAUUGUGCUCCACAAUAUAUGGUUCACAUUUUCUGAAGGAAAAUAAAUAUUUAAAUAUCUGUCUGUUAAUGAUGUUACUUAAUGGCAAAAUUUCAAUAGUUUUUAACUGUGUAUGGGAAGGUUGUUGUAUUUAUUAAUAGCAUUUUUUUACUUAAGAUAUCACCUUAAUUUUUAUUGUCAUUUCACUUUAUAAGUUCCUAUUUUUGUAUUUUCCUUUCUAAUUAAGUUAUGUUAUACGAAAUGUUCAUAUUCUAGGAGUUGGUCUGUAAGUGCUAGUGAAACGAAAAAGAAAAAUCUAAUGUUAUUUAAUUGUUUGCAGCCAACUAUUUAUAACAAUAUGCAUAAUUUUUAAAUAUUUGUAAUGUGAAAUGUUGAAUGAAUAAAACUUAACUGUGACAAGA